CACUUUGUUCCGCAAAUGCCCGGAUGGGCGCGUUGCAUUUGAAUGUUGGGAGUUGACACAGCGCGAGGUGCCUGGAGGAGGAAGAGAGGAGAGGAGAAGGCCGCGCGCCAUUGAUGGGCGAAUAACGUUUGUAGGCCUUUCCUUCCCCAUCCUGCCCUUGUGAAUUGUAUUGCUCACUCUUCUGGGAGAUCUCUUGCUUAGGAAGCUAGCCAGAUAAAAUGUCUAAGGACGAGGACAAAGGGAUCCCCGUGAAGGUGGCCCUGAGGUGCCGCCCGCUUGUUCCUAAAGAGAUCUCAGAGGGGUGCCACGUUUGCUUAUCUUUUGUCCCUGGAGAACAGCAGGUAAUCCUAGGGAAGGACAAACCUUUCACAUAUGAUUAUGUUUUUGACCCUUCUACUGAGCAAGAGGAGGUCUUUAACACUUGCAUCGUUCCCCUCAUAAAGGGAAUUUUUAAAGGAUAUAAUGCUACUGUUUUGGCCUACGGACAGACGGGGUCUGGGAAAACAUAUUCCAUGGGAGGAGCAUAUAUAGCCAGCCAAGAGAACGAUCCCGUCGUCGGAGUCAUACCCCGAGUGAUAAAACUUCUCUUCCAAGAAAUACAAGCGAAAACGGACUGGGACUUUUCCUUGAAAGUCUCUUAUUUAGAGAUCUACAAUGAAGACAUCUUGGAUCUCUUGUCUCCAGCCAAAGACAGGACAUCUCAAAUCAGCAUCCGUGAAGAUCCCAAGGAAGGCAUCAAGAUCGUCGGACUGACAGCAUAUGAGGUGACUAAUGCCCAAGAGACAGUCUCUUGCCUGGAGCAAGGAAAUAACUCCCGAACGGUGGCUGCCACAGCUAUGAACACCCAGUCGUCACGCUCUCAUGCCAUCUUCACCAUGUGCAUUGAGCAGAAAAGCAAGACGGACAUGAACACCAGUUUUCACUGCAAACUGCAUCUGGUAGACCUGGCAGGUUCUGAACGGCAGAAGAAGACCAAAGCAGAAGGUGAUCGACUCCGGGAAGGAAUCAAUAUUAAUAAAGGGCUUCUCUGCCUGGGGAAUGUCAUCAGCGCUCUUGGGGAUGAGACCAAGAAGGGCAGUUUUGUCCCUUAUAGGGAUUCCAAACUAACCCGCCUUUUGCAAGAUUCCUUGGGAGGCAAUAGCCACACUCUGAUGAUUGCCUGCGUGAGUCCAGCUGAUUCUAACAUGGAGGAAACUUUGAAUACCCUUCGCUAUGCUGACAGGGCCAGAAAAAUAAAGAACAAGCCAAUAGUGAAUACUGACCCACAGGCUGCACAGAUCAACCAGUUAAGACAGCAGGUUCAAGAGUUGCAGGUCUUACUGCUACAGGCCCAUGGAGGAACACUCCCAGUUUCUAUUGGUGUCAGUGGAGAGCCCUCAGAAAACUUGCAAUCUCUGAUGGAGAAAAACCACUUCCUUGCAGAGGAGAAUGCAAAACUGAGCCGGAGCCUGAGUGAAGCAGCAACUCAGAUUGCUCAGGUGUUGGAGAGCUACAUUGCGGCGGAGCAGCAGAAUGAAAAGUUGAACACCAAACUUGAACAGCUGCAGCAGCAUCCUGUGGUAAAACUCAACUUGCAGAAGUUACUUGAGACUCUGGAGGACCAAGAAUUAAAACAGCAUGUGGAAUUAUUUUGUCAGCUGCAGGAACUGAUUACUCGCUUGCCGAAUGAAAACACGAAUGGUGAUACCGACAUGGAUACAUCUGACCAGGAUUCUAGUGCUGUUUCGGAAGCUGAUCUGGAAGCACAACGAUCCUCUGAUGAAUACGCGGCCCAGCAUGCUCUUCACCAGGCUCAGAUGUCGAAAGAGCUGCUGGAGCUCAAUAAAGCCCUGGCUAUGAAGGAGGCCCUGGCGAGGAAGAUCUCUCAGAAUGACAGCCAGCUGGCGCCCAUACAAUGCCAAUACCAGAGCAAUAUCAAGAAUUUGGAAGAAGAGGUUUCCAAACUGCAGAAGGAGAAAGAAGAGCUGGUCCUGGCACUUCACAUGUCCAAAAAGGAUGCCAACCAAGCAAAGCUGAGCGAGCGGCGUCGAAAGCGACUUCAGGACCUGGAAGGCGAAAUGACAGAUCUGAAGAAAAAACUGAAAGAGCAGUCAAAGCUCCUGAAGAUGAAAGAGUCCAGCGAGCAGACAGUGCGCAAACUAAACCAAGAGAUUCGGGCAAUGAAAACCCAACGUGUUCAGCUCAUCCGGCAGAUGAAAGAAGACGGUGAAAAAUUCAGACAGUGGAAGCAGCAGAAGGAUAAGGAAGUUAACCAGCUGAAGGAGCGGGAUCGCAAGCGGCAGUAUGAACUGGUCAAAUUGGAGCAAGACUUCCAGAAGCAAGCUAAUGUCCUCAGGCGAAAGGCGGAAGAGGCGGCCGCUGCUAACAAACGCUUGAAGAUUGCUCUGCAGAAACAGCAAGACGCUGCCAGCAAACGGAAAGAGAACUCUAACCGUGGAGUCGAGGGACUUGCUGCCCGUGUGAAGAAUGAUCUUGCGAAUGAAAUUGAGGUCCUUAUUAGUAUUGAAGAGGCUCAGCGCCACCUCAACGACCUCCUAGAAGACCGUAAAAAUUUGGCCAAGGAAAUCUCAUCACUUAAAGAAAAGCGGGACGCAGGGGAGAACCUUCCUUCAAAAUACAAGAGACGCACCUUUUCGUGUAAUGAUGCAGAUAUGAACUAUUCCCUCACCAACCAAAUUCAGAGCCUGGAAACAGAGAUGGAGCUCAGGAGUGCCCAGAUUGCUGAUCUCCAACAGAAACUGCUGGAUGCUGAUGCAGGAGACCGCACCAAGCAUCGCUGGGGGAGCAUCAACACCCUCCCGGAAGCCAAUUGCGCAAUCAAGUACUUGAUUGGUGAGCUUACCUCCUCCAAAGUAGAGUACAGCAAAUUGGAGAACCGCCUCCAGCAGAGCAAAGUCUCAUGCGCCGGCCUGCACAAAAUGCUGGCAGAGAAACAGAAAUCAGCCGCCGAAAUGGAAGCAGAGUACGAAAGCCAGCUAGUCAAGAUGGAGCAGGAGCACCAAGAGAAGGUGCUGUACCUGCUCAGCCAAAUCAACCAUAAAGAAGAAACAGAGAAGCGGUUAGAGAUUUCCAUUUCAGAACCGGAGCAGCAGCUCCUCGAACGGCUUCAAUUCCAGGAUGAAGAACUGUCAAAGAUGAAAGAAGUCUUUGAGAAGAACCAAGCACUUUCUGAAGAGCUUGAAACUGCCAAACAGAAACUGCUGCUGCUUCAAGUGGCCAGUGGCCAGAAGAUCAGGAACAUGCAUCCCUCGCGAACAGAAGAACCGGACUCCCCCUUCGACUACAUCCCACCCAAGCCCAAGACCCGCAGACAAACUACCGCAAAGUCUGCAUUCGGGAUGCCUGAGAAAGAAUCGUCAUCCGAUUCGGAGGAUUUGGGAGGAGACACUGAAGAUGCUGAGUGGGUCCCAGCCAAACUUGCCAAGAAGACCAUUUUGGGGUGCAACUGCAAAGGCCGUUGCAGAAACAAGAAGUGUGGCUGCCGGAAGCAAAAAGUGACCUGCUCUGAGGACUGUCGCUGUGAGGCCGAGGAAUGCCGGAACCGAGACAGCUGUGUCUUGGAAGGGACACUUAUGGAGGGGCCAAUGGGAGACACCAAGGACCUGGACUUCAAUGUGGAAGACCCCACGCUGGUGGCAGCAGGGGACACUUUCUUUGCACCCCCAGCAAUCACUCCCAUCACGAAGGCUUUGGAGAAAGCCCCUGAGGGAGAACCCAUAGAGCCCGAGGCGAAUGACAGCUCCGUCUUCCGCUACCCAAGUGACUUAAAUGCUGGUGGGAACCCAGUGCCGUUGGUGAAGAAGAGGCGGACGCGGGCUCUGAGCAACACCAGCCGGUGGUUCUCCGGCUGCACCCCAAUCAAGGAGGGCUUCUGAGCCAAAGGAAGAGAGAGGACCCUUCGUCCUAGAGUUGACUCAAUCCCAUAGUCAAGGCAGGCCCCGUCUUUUGUUCAUUUUAUAGUGUGUACAUUUUUUUUCUUGAAUAAAUAGAAUUUAAAGCAUAUGAAA